UAUCAAAAUACCCGAAAAAAAUUUAGGCCUUUUAUUUAAUUAUUAAACAGAAUAUAUACGGUAUAUUCAGUGGCAUGUUCUAGAACAAAUGAUGUCUCUCUUAUUUACUUUGUUAUCUAUUAAAUAAUGUUAAAAUACCACAUCGUAUGUUAUACUGAAAUAAAUUUAAAUAUAAAAUUAUAUUUGAAAUUUUAAUUUUGUAAGUAGCAUCAUGAAACCCUGUUUUUCUAUUGUUCUGAGGCGAUUUUGUUCUCGAAGAACUGUUCCUCAAGUCUGCGUGGUAGGUGCAGGACCAGCUGGUUUCUAUGCUGCAAUGCAUUUAUCUAAGAAUCUCAGGCCAGUUAAAAUCGACUUUAUCGAAAAGUUGCCUGUUCCUUUUGGAUUAAUUAGGUAUGGAGUGGCACCAGAUCACCCUGAAGUAAAAAAUUGUAUUAAUCAAUUUACUAAAUUAGCAAACCAAGAAAAUAUUAGCUUCUAUGGAAAUAUAACAUUAGGCAAAGAUAUAAGUCUGGAUAAUUUAAGACAACAUUAUGAUGCAGUUUUACUUACAUAUGGUGCAGAAGAGGAUAAAACCUUAGGUAUUCAGAAUGAAGAUGCACAAAAUAUAAUAGCAGCUCGUAAUUUUGUUGGUUGGUAUAAUGGACAUCCUCGUGAUAAAGAUUUAAAAGUUGAUCUCUCUGGACGCACUGGAACUAUUAUUGGCCAAGGAAAUGUUGCAUUAGAUGUAGCAAGAAUACUCAUGUCACCAAUUGAUUUACUUAAGAAAACUGACAUAACUGAAUUUGCACUACAGGCAAUAUCCGAGUCAAACAUUAAAGAAUUAUACCUAAUUGGAAGACGAGGGCCCCUACAAGUUGCAUUUACAAUAAAAGAGUUACGGGAACAAUUGAAAUUACCUAACUGUCUCACUAUUUGGAGAAAGGAAGAUUUUGAAGGUGUUGCUGAAGCAGUUGUCAACCUCCAGAGGCCUCGCAAGAGACUAACUGAGCUCAUGUUGAAAUCAUUGGACAACCAAAGUUCACAACCUGGUUCAUACGAAAACUAUUUUCGACCAAUAUUUUUUAGGAGUCCUCACAAAUUUUUAGUUCAUAAUGGUCAAGUUAGUGGGAUUGAGCUUAUAUGUAAUAAAUUAUUUGGUGACAAUAUAGAAAAUCAGAGGUGUAUUGCGACAGAAAAUAUAGAAACUAUUGAUUGCGGUUUAGUUUUUCGGAGUAUAGGAUAUAAAAUUAUAAAAGCAGAUAAUGGUUUAUCUUUUGGAACUAGUGGAUGUGUUGUCAAUGAAAAUGGAAGAGUGAUAGAUAAUAAAGGAAGAGAAUUUGGACGAUUAUAUGUUGCUGGAUGGUUGGGCACUGGACCAGUGGGUGUUAUUAUACAUACAAUGGGAAACGCAUUCCAAGUGGCAAUAAAUAUUUGUCAUGACCUAAAGAAUUGUGAAUCGUCUAAAGAUGGCUUUGAAGGUUUAAAAAACAUUCUUAAAAAUGUUAACAGCCCUGUUAUAACUUGGCAGGGAUGGGAAAAAAUUAAUAGGUUUGAAAUUGAGCUGGGCAAAAAGUUUGGCAAGCCAAGAGAAAAAUUAACUUGUAUUAGCAAAAUGUUAGAAGUUGCUGCAGAAUAAAAACUAUAAGUGAAAUUGAAGACUCACGAAAAAAAAAUCAAACAAGUUAGAUCAUUUUACAUAGUUAAGCUAUAGUACUGUAAGAAUACAUUUUAUAUGCAAAUUUUUAUUUUUGUUAUAAAUAGUUGAAUAUAAAUAAUUAUAUAAAAUAAAAAUUAUGUUUUAUCAA